CUGUCAGGCCCAACUCCAUUAUGUUUGAUUACGCUUGAAAACCCUAAUUCCAUAUUUCAAUCCCUCAGCUCGAUUUCCGUUCAUCGGAGGACAUUACCACCGAUGACGAUCUACAUGAGUCGAUUGUUUCCUAAAUCCAAUUCUAGUUUUCUCCUAUCCAGUGGUAAAGCUUUAAGAUCUCAAGUUUCACGCUUCAAGGACGAUCUUUACUUGGUGGAUGCAGGAAUUGGGGCCCCUAAAAUGACCACGGCGGAUGAGCUUAGAGGCGUUCCCAACAACCCUGGCUUCUCCCGGUUUGAAAAUAAGGUCGGAUUUAUGGAUACAACGGCCGGAGAAUCACUUAUCAAAACACAGAUGUUGGAAAGGUUCUUCAUGGAUCUGGUGGCUGGUGAACCAGCGAUGAAAGAGCGAGCUGCCGCCAGGUUUAGUGAUAUGGUUGGUCCCACCGAUGCCGUAGCUGGUGAACCGGCAAUUCUUUCUCCACGAAGAUUCACACAGAAGCAGGUUUGGAUGGAACUGAAAAAGAUGUCGCAAUCUACUAAAAAGGUUAGGGGAUUUCUAAUGGAAAAAGUAAGAGGAGGGUAUUCAGUUGCAAUUGCAGGUUACAUUGCUUUUCUUCCAUACCGUUCUUCAAUUGAAAGACGAAAGUUAUCGAAUGAUAGAUACCUCAUUGAGACAAUCAACUCCAAGAGGAAGAAAAUCACAGUGGGCUAAUAGCAGCACUUCCAUUUUUCAUAAUAAAACAUCUUUAGUUUAUAGAUGUUGUUUUGUGGGCUAAUGAUCUGGUACUCCUUUGUUGUUAAUUAACCAAAUGUUUGCAAAAUUUAUUUCUGUUUAUCUUAGUCUUGCAUCAAGGGUUUGUAUUUGAUCAAAUCUCAUUGCUACCCAUGUGUGAUUUUUUGAUGAAAUUACGAGUCUUUUGAAGACCAUAAAUCUUACUUCUUUCCCUUAUAAGGAACUAGCUUUGUACUGGUUGUUCUAAAUAUACAAUUGUUGUCAAGUGCUGUUUAGAGCUUUGAGAACUUGAAGCUUCUGUAGGGAUGAUUACAGAAUCCUCCUGUUAGAGUUAGACAUGAUGCAACGGUUGUAAAUUGUUGAUAUUGCUUUUUAGAUAUAUGACAGGGCUUUUAAG